CCCCCGGGUUUAAAAUGGCGGACGAGGAAGACGACAGCAAAAUGACGGCAGGAAAAGAUCAAAUUAUGUGCGAGCCGAGAAUUAUUGAGCUCAACAAAGGAACCAAUGGAUUUGGAUUUAAUGUGCGAGGCCAAGUGUCGGAGGGAGGCCAGUUAAAAUCGAUUAAUGGCGAGCUUUAUGCACCUCUUCAACAUGUGAGCGCUGUUGUUGAAGGAGGCCCAGCACACAAGGGAGGUGUUCGGGUUUUCGAUAGAAUCUUAGAAGUCAAUGGUGAAAAUGUGGAAGGAGCCACGCACAAGCAUGUUGUUGAGCUUAUCAAGAAAGGAGGAUCUCAUUUGAAACUUGUGGUGAUAUCUGUCAGCCAAUCAGAGUCUGAAAAACUAGACAGCGAUAGCUCUUCUGGUGCAGAAUAUUAUGAUUACUCUGAUAGAAGAGUUGCUCCUAUAGCUGUUCCUGAAACCAGACAAGUCCAAUGUGGAGGGGAAAGUUAUGUGGUUUAUAACAUUUACUAUAAUAAUAGGCACAUAUGCUCCAAGCGAUACAAAGAGUUUUCCAACCUACACACUCAAUUACGUAGGGAAUUUAGAGAUUUUCAGUUUCCAAAAUUCCCUGGUAAAUGGCCAUUCCACUUGACAGAACAGCAGUUGGAGGGAAGAAGAAAAGGCUUGGAGAAUUACAUGCAGCAAGUGUGUUCAGUAAGAGUCAUUGGAGAUUCUGAAUAUAUGCAAGAAUUUUUUGAAGAAAAUACUAAAAAGAAGGAGGAUGACAGUGGGAUGGAAGUUGAAUUAAGAAUUAUGCUACCAGAUAAUACAACAGUUAUUGUUGCAGUACAAAAGAAAUACAAAACUAGAGAAGUUUAUAAGGCAUUGAUUAAAAAAUUAGGAUUACGAGAUGAAAAUGCCAUAAACUUUGCUCUUUUUGAAAUAAUGGAUAAUGGUGUAGAACGUAAACUCCGUCGUAAUGAGUUUCCACAUAGCCUGUACAUCAGACGUUACACAGAGACUUCUGAUACAUGUCUUACGAUAAGAAAAUGGAUCUUUACGCUAUCGCGGGAAGUUGCUAUGGAUAGUGAUGAAGUGGCAUUAAAUCUUUUGUAUCAUCAGGCUGCUGAAGAUCUGAGGACAAGAAAAGUAAAAGUUGGAAAUAAAUUACAGAAGCUCAAGGAGUUGAAGGAUACUGCCAAAAAUUUAGAAUACCUUAACAUAGCAAGAACACUGGAGGGAUAUGGUACCGUGACAUUCCCUCACUGUCCUUGUGAUGCACGUAAAACAGGUCAUGUGAUUGUAGCUAUAAGUAUAAAGAAUUUCCAAAUGAAUGCCUGUACAGAUCAAGGAGAAAUUGAGGCACAACAGCAUAUACUUGAAUGGAAAGAAAUCACCCAGUUUGACUCUGAUACAGAGGCCAUGGCAUUCUGUUUUGAGUAUGCCAAGGGUGGAAAAACAAGAUGGGUUAAAAUUUACUCAGAAUUUUAUGAAUACAUGACAGAAUGUGUACAAAGAGUAAUGCAAGAAAUUGAGUGGAAUGAAAAUGAUGGGAUUUCACCAGAUGUGGCUGUGCUGCCAGAGGAAUAUAAAGCAACAGAACAACCAAAAGAAGAAGCUACAAUAAAGCAUAACAAGCCACCAAGUCCAUCAAGAACCAGAGCAAAAUCAGGAAAAUCAACAAAAUCACUACCCACAAAGCAAACAGAGGUCUUUAGUGGUGCAAUUGAAGAUGAUGAUUUGUAAAUGAAAGUAGAUUAUUAUCACAUUUGUAGAGAUUUACAUUAUUUUAUGCUAUAAGUAUAACUAUUAUUUAGUAUGACUAUGAUCACUGUCAGUGGUAGAUCAGCAUAUUAUUAUAUCCCUCAGAAUGACAGAGCAGAAAAACGACAAGGCUGCUACUUUUACGAUUUGUUCUUUAUCUCUCUUUCAUGCUARARAACGUUUAGUGUUUCAUUUGUUUCUCUUGUGCUUCAAACUUUUCACAAAAUUCUGCUGGGAGGUAUUAGUGAAAAUGUUAGUUUUAGUGCUGAUCAAAAUAUCAUCUCUCCCAACGUUCAGGGCGUUAUAUCUCAAAAUACGCAUUCCUUAAAUUUCCCCAAAUUUUGGUAUUUUGUUAAUCAGCCCCAAAAGAGCCUGUUUAUCAAAUAUAUAAAUCUUAUUAACACAUAAACGUCGCCCUGUCCCUCAGAAUAUUAGUAUAUUAAUGAGUAAAUAUUAGCCUUGCCUACACAUAUAUGCUUACAUUUUAUAAACCCCGGAUGUUUAUAUUUUAAAUGACUAAAAUUAAACAAGCUACAUCAAGAGUUUUGACUGAAGGAGUGUUUGGUCAAAAUUUGGACUCUGAGUAACGUGACCCUGAUGGAGGAAAGAGUGGAAUCAAGCGAGGCAAAAAGUUGAUUUUAACCUUGGAAAUUAGCGUUAAUGCCAUUAUAUUAAAUUUGGUAACCAUAGCAAUGGUAUUUAAACUACUUGGGUAGGCUUACGAAAUUUCCUCUUUCUCACUUUAAUUUUAAUUAGCAAACUUUAAGUACUGUUUACUAACGAGGAGUAUUUUAUCGGGUUUUGGAACCGUGAGGUGCAGUCGAUUGUCUUUUGACCUGAUAAAACAUGAUCUGUAAGUUUAUUGAACUGCUUUGAAAACUUAUGCAUAAUUCACAAACUUUUGGCGGAAUAAGAGCCACCAAAUACGUGGUUUGUACAUCAAUGUCAUGUCAUGUGCAAUUGAGUCCAAAAAAAGGCUCCUGCAAGUUGAAGACAGCAUGCAAAACUCUAGGCAGGGGCACUACCAUGUAGCUGAUAAGGUUACCAACAGUUUGUGUUGUUAGCAUGCAGGCUAUGUGCAUGGUCGCUCUAUCUGGUUCAGAUGCUCAUUAAUUAUUCAUGACUUCAUAAAUUUUGACAAAGUGAUGUCCAAUUGAAAGAUCUUGAAAUUUUGUCCAAAUUGGAACAGAAAUUAUGCUCAAAUCCACUCUUACAGGGCAAGAGUAUAAUUUAAUUUAUUCACAUACUUCUACACACUGGCUUUUGUAUGUUAAACUGACAAUGCAACGGGGGGUUGACUUUUACUUGGCCCAUGAAAAGAAUGGUCUUCAUUAAAUUAGCAGCACAGCUUACUAGCAUUGCAAAGACACUAAUAUUAUUAUUAUUGAAGUCAAUACUUAUAUCAAUUUAUUCAAUAGAAAAUAAGGAAAUAAUUAUCCACUAAAAUAUAUAUUUUAUGUGGUGCUCUGGAAACAUCCAGGGUUGUAUUGGGGCUUUUAAAGCCCAAACGCAUUAUGUAUGUGAAGGCAGUCAUAUUAGAUAUGGCAGGAAUAAUCAGUAAAUUUCUGAGAGCAAAUGGGUUUUGAUCUGCCAUCUGACCACGGGAAGCCCAAGAAGUAUUAUGGUAUGGGCAUGUGAUGGUGCAAAAUAUCUAUUGUGUAGUCCCAAAAAUUAUCCAUACUCCCACAGAGGAAUUUUUUUAAGACACCCCCCACCCCCUAUCCCCGGAAAUUCCAAUUUUCUUCCACGCAAACUCUGUAAUUUUAGUUCUUAUGUAACUUUAGUUCUUAUGGAUAAUUUCUGGAACUACRCAUUGAAACACAUAAUUCAUUGUUCAAAGAAUUAAUCUAAUGACAUUGCCAUAAUGCAGUAUUAAAUUUCAUAUGCAGCUAGUGUACAUAUAUAGUACUAGUAUUUGCUGGAAGGCACAAAAUAAAAUAAUACCAUUCAAAUAAGUUAAAA